UGAAGAAUUUUUAAUAAAAACUAAAACGUAAUGGUAGAUAAUUAUUUUUUUUGGCAAAAGAGAAUAGGAAUAAUAUGAAGUUUUCUUUCCCACAAAAACUAAGAUCCAUGGUAAUGAAAAUCAUAGAAAAUUAUCACCAACCUAAUUAAGUGGGCUUAAAUCUACAUGGUGGAUCAAUUUAUUGUGUUUUUAUUUUAUUUUUAUUGUUUAUAUAUAUGCUUAUAAUAUAAAUGCCUAACUAUUUUGUUCAUCCCCAAAUAGAUACAUAAAAACUAAUUUUUAACUUUUGUUUGUCCUCCUUCCAUUUGCUCCAUAAAUAAUGAAAUCUUCUAGUGAAAAGAAAAAGAACCAGUGAAAUAUGAAAUGCGCCAUACAUAUGAAAUGAUGGCUGCUCGACUGGUAUUGUUUGUUGGUAAAUGAACUUGCAAAACAAAACUGAAGAGCAGAACAAAACUAAAAGUUUUUCUUGAUCACAAAGCUAAUAAUUGUUGCGGACGGUCUUGGAUCCUCCAGAGUGAGUUAAUGCAAGAACCACAGUCGUGAUAUACGUAAUAGAAGCUUGAGAAAGGGAUAGUUAAGACUUAAGAGCAUCAUUUGUAUUGGCCUUAUUUCAAAUAAUGAAAACUUGUGGCCGAGGAAAAGAAAAAGAGUGUUAACCUAAUUGUUUCUUCUUCUUCUUCCUAAAUACUGGAGAAGAGAUGGAGAGGUUCGUAUCGAGGAAGGGGAAGACAACGGCUACUGCCGAUAAUGUGCUAUUGCUGCCAUCGUCUCCGUCACUUCCAUAUGAUUUGGUACUGAUGAUCGUGGCACGCGUUCCAAGAGUGUACUACCGGACUCUGUCACUAGUCUCCAAGAGCUUUCGAUCGAUGGUGGCUUCACCUGAGCUUUACAAGGUCAGGUCAGUCUUGGGCCUCACGGAGAGGAGUUGUCUCUAUGUGUGCUUGAGGUUCGGGUUGAGUUCUUCUUCUUGUAAGUGGUACACCCUCUCCUCCAAGAGUAUUGGCGGCGGCUAUGUUUUGGCUCGAGUCCUAAUGCCCAAUGACGAUUAUCCUGAUGUGGUGGGUUCGAGUUAUUCAGAUCUUGUGGCUGUUGGUUCUGAUAUCUACAACAUUGGCACCCAUCUACGAGGAGGGGUCUCGAUUCUUGAUUGCAUUUCUAACACGUGGCGUAAGGCUCCAAGCAUGCCAGUGGAGCUGGAGUCACUUUCUGCCGAGGUCCUUGAUCGAAAGAUAUAUGUACUAGGACGAAGCUAUCAUCAUCAAGAUGGUUCCUGGAAGAACUGGCUCCAUAUAUAUUCAACACAAAUACGCAAACUUGGGAUCUCCCUUGCUGUGGAUUGGACCUGGCCUGUCACACUUUUGUCAUUGACGGAAAGCUCCACGGGGUAAAUUAUUUUGCUAUUUUUAUUUUGGAAUGACUUUUUCAAAUUCUAAUCGGCAAUUUUAUUUUUAAGUUUCUAUGGUCCUUGUACUCUCUUUACAUGAUCAUGGUCCUACUACUCUUACAUCAUGAAAGUUUACAGAGCAGUUCUACUACUCUAAUGUUGAAGUCAACAAUAAUGAAAUACGCUUGAUCAACUCUAACGUUAAAGUUACAGGAUCUUGCUUCUUAAUAUAAGUUGAAGUUCGGUUGCACAUGUCUACAUCGCUUAUGAAAUGCAAGAGAAGAAAUCACUUUCAACAAAUCGCCCUGAAAACGAUUGCUUCCUUGUCUUCAUUGGUAAAUGUUGUACAGUUUAUAAUGAAGAUUUUAUUAUACAUAACGUUGAAUAAAGUUGUACAGUUUAUAUAUGCAUAGUACGUAGCAGAUAUAUACUAUCUUCUAAUAUGAAGUUAUGAACAAUCGUAUUUUUAUUGCUUGCAUAGAGGCAUGCUUUACUAUUUCUUUACUGCUUUUUACACACAACAGAAACUAAUUGUAACCUCUCUCUUUUUGUGAAAAUAAGAAUGGCAUAUGAAAUGAUGACUCGACUGGUAUUGUUGCUCGUAAAUGAACUUGCAAAAGAAAAAGU